AUGCCCUGGCGGCCACUUCCGCGUAUCGCCUUUGCAGUUGCUACAUAUCCAUUCCAGCCCUCCUCUCCGUCAGAUCUACCUCUCGAGCUCGGUGAUGAGCUUUACAUAAUUGAGCAAGGUGGAAAAGAUGGUUCUUGGUACCGUGGCUACCUGGUGGCGCCUCCAUGUCUGCUUGCUGGCCUCACUAGUGUCAAAGGCCAGACCCUGGAAGCACGGGUUUUUUCUGGCAUCUUUCCAAAAUGUUGUGUGGAGGUUCGAGAGGAACUGGGGGAGACGGAUCUGGCACGAAAUCAGCCGGCUGGAGAUAUUGGUGCUAUGAAGCAUACUGAUAUGACUACAAGCGGAAUGCAAGAUACUUGGGGGCCAGCACAGCUAGAGAAUGGAGGGGAAAUCAAAGUCACGGGCAGGAUGGAUUCCAGAAAGAGCUUGGAUAUGACAACGAACACCAGACGGGCGCGGCCGAAGGAUCCUAGAUUAAAUGGUAAUGAACAAGCUCCAUCUCAAAAAAGCCCCGGGUCACCGGUUACACCAGAAACAUGGCCUACAGAUCGUCCUCAUACCUCCAAACCCCCUGCGCCAGUCCCCAUGCUCAAGAUUGGGGACGAGACGCCUACCUCGGUACGAGAGCCUCUGGUUGACGAAAUCGCAUCUUGCCUGCGAGAAUGGCAUUCUACAAAUCUACAUGAGCUGCUCCUAAACCGGCAGUAUGGCUCCUUGGAGAAGAUGUCUACCAUAGUCUCACAGUUGGAUCUGGCGCGGCGGCAGCUUCUCCACGAUGUUCUCACUGCGCAAGAGCGAUCUGUUAUUCGAGAGCAGACGGCAUGGAACCUAGUUAAGGGCAACAAGAUGCUGAGUGGUGAGGUGAUUGUUCGAGAUCCUGCACAGCGAGGGCGACUUUUGACAGGUGACGACUCAGCAAUCGACAUGACAAAGCUACAAUCUGUAAUGAGUGUUCUCGAAACUGGCCAGAUUGCGCACCCUGAAGGUCUUGGUCUACAUCAUUUGUUAUUAGAAGUCAAGGGCAUUCCUGGGGCAGAUUUGGACACUGUGACGAUAACAAUGGCUUUGUGUCGUAAAGCAGAAGACGGCAAGCUGUCGCCCUUGUCCGAGACGUUUGCUCUAGAUAUAGCACCAUCUGAGUCCCUAGCCAGCAUGGCACGAAGCAGUAAGCUCAAAACACUCUUUACUGAUUUAAGUGCCGGAGAUAUUGGUGAUCUCGGUCAAGCUCAAAAACAGCAGCUUUUUCUUGUCGUCAAGGUCAAGGAAAGUCAGGCCCCAAGAGCACGCUCAAAUACGAAGGGCAAGGCCAACGCUAGCGAAAGUGUUCUGACGACCAAGAGCCCAAGCGCCUUAAAUAGUCCCCCGCUGGACGGUUCAAAGGGAGGACGGCGAAGUCUUAUGUUUGGAGUAAAGAGGAAUAGGGCCGGCUCGAAAGAAGGCAUUGGCUCUGUAUCAGAUGGUAGAAUGACGCCUCAACCGGAAGAACGCUCUUCUUCAGCCACGGUUGAGGCACGUAAUGAAGCUCCAUCGCGGAACAAAGUGGCUGGUCCGCCUGUUGUGCGUACUGUAGGUGUGGGUUUGCUAGAGAUUGGUGCGCUAAUGAGACAAGACAAGGAUGUUGAGCAGAUCCUUAACAUCUGGUCACCUGCAGCUGUGCAUGACGAAGAGGACGAAUACAGACAUACUUUCGACAAGAACAUCACCAAUAUCCUACCCAGCCCAACAGGAAGAUACAUUCGGUUGGACAAAGCGUCUCGGGUUCAUGUCCACCUUCAUCCAUUGGUCGGAUCUGACGCGGACACGCUAGUGCGAACAAAUCCUACUUCUAUGCAUAUGGUCACUCGGACGCAGAAAAUUGGGUUCUCGGAAGCACCCACCAGACCCAGAUCAGAUAUUUAUCUGACGCUUUCUGAAGCCAGCAUGCCACGAGAUGCCCUUCUUUCACAUCCAGAAUUUGGCCUCGUACCGAUCUCAGGCGCUUCUACUAUGCGAAACCUUCAACUCACCAUGGAGGUACGUGACGGGGCUGGCAAGCGAAUCGAACAUUGUAUCUAUCCUUCUUCUAACAGUACCGGUUUCACCGCCUGGCGGACCACUGUCACCGAGGUCGGUACGCAAUGGGACCAGACAAUUUGUCUGAAAAUACCCAAAGACAAGGUUCCUGGAUCACACUUGAUAAUGAGUGUAGCGGAUGCACCUGAGUUUCCCUUUGCGCUGAGCUGGAUGCCUCUUUGGGAUCAGCAAGCUUUCCUGAAAGACGGCAAUCAUACUUUGAUCAUGCACGCAUACGACAAGACAACAUCGAGUAUCGUCAAUGGCAAAGGCACCUACUUGUCUCUUCCCUGGGACUCAACAGGAAAGACGAUGGUCUCAAAGGACGAAAGUGUGACUGGUCCUGUUGCGACAUUGGUCGUAGAAAGCAAUCUCUGUAGCACAGAGUAUUCUCAAGACCAAGUCAUUCUAGGCUUGAUCAACUGGAAGCAGCAGACAUCCACGGAACUGAUGGACCUUUUGAAGAAGAUUGUUUUCGUGCCCGAGAUCGAGAUCGUGAAGCAAUUGAGCGAUGUAUUUGAUGCUCUUUUCGCCAUUGCCGUGCACAAGUCAGGAGAAGCUGAUUACGAGGACAUUGUCUUCAAUGAUCUUGUGACCGUCCUGGGAAUCGUGCACGAUAGAAGAUUCAAACUCGGUCCACUGGUCGACCAAUAUGCGAGAAAUAGGUUUGAUUUUCCAUUUGCGACUUCAUGUCUGAUGAGAAGCUACACCAGACUUCUCAGAAACGCCACAGUUCCGCAACAAGCACGUUACCUUCGGGCUGCUUUCAAGGUCGGACAGCACAUACUCAAGUUCAUAAUCAUUGCGAGAGAACAGCAGAAGCUCAAAGAAGAAGGAAUUGGCAUUACUGGUAUCCAGAAAAGUUUUACCGAGGAAAUGCAGUCGAUCUUUCAGGCCCUAGAGAAUUUAAUGCGAAAUCAAGCUCCAGUCCUUAUUGGGAGCAAGACCUUGGUUGUUCAGCAUUUUCACACAUGGUUGCCCGAGCUCCUUGCGGCGUUCCCCAAGGACGAGGCAGUUGACAUAGCUAUCCGUUUCGUUGACUCUUGUGAAGACGUCACGGGUCGACUUGUUCUCUAUAAGAUUAUUCUCAUCCUAAAUCUCACUCAGCUUGACGAUUUGUUCUCGGCGCCAUUGGACCGGCAAAUUCUGAUAGAAAACACCUUUUCAUGGUUAUCGCCAUACUGGGGUGCAACAAGCCAGGUCACCGAGCAAUGGAAAGAUCAGGUCCGUCUCUGUGGGUCAGUGGUAGCCGAGUUACUGCGCCAGCCAGACUCCAUCCUUUACGAUUUCAUGCCGAAAAUUGUUGCCUCAUACUGUGCGAUUGCAGCACAGGGGACAACUGAAAAGAGCUCGCUGUCAUUUCUCUUUUCCAAAACCUAUCCGUUCGCCUCGAAACAGAUCAAUGGCAAGCAAAUUUUCGACGAGGCACUAUUAGAACUGGCUGCGUUGAUGUCUUCAAUCGCUAAGAUACCUCCUCCUGCAUCGAUCAAACUUCCUGACCAGGAACUAUCAACGUACAUUCUAUCCACCCUUGAUGCUCAAAGAUCUGUGCUCGAGUGCACUGCGUAUCCCCGGUCAUGGUUGAGUUUACACAUCUACCACCACCGCUCUACCAUGCAAGCUCUUGAAUACAUGUACAAUCUACUUGCAAGUUCAUUUCUGCCACCUCCCGAUCUUGCAGAGCAAUUUGAUAUGGAGAUCUGGAAAGCUUUCUUCAUGACACUGCUCAAGCUAGUUAGCAGUGACGCACUAGCCCUCGAGACAUUCCCUGAGCAGAAGCGAAGGGCUGUCUGGAAGAUUGCCGGAGACGUUCGUGAACAAGGUGCGAACCUUCUCAGACGUUGCUGGGAGGCAAUAGGCUGGGAGACAAAUUCUGAUGAGCUUCGAAGAUAUGGUCUUGGAAGGUCAGGAGGCUACCAAGUCCAGUACGUUCCCAGUCUUGUGUACCCGAUCGUCGAGCUUUGCUUAAGUGCCCAUGAGGGACUGCGCCGAGUGGCUGUGGAAGUGUUGCAGACGAUGAUCGUUAGUGAAUGGGCUUUGAGUGAGGACUUGGGCCUGAUCGAAACAGAAAUGAUAGCCAGCUUGGAUCUUAUCUUCAAAAGCAAGAACAUCAACGAAAGCAUUACCCAGAAGCUAUUUAUUGGAGAAUUGCUUGACCUAUUCGAGCCAAUUGCCAAUCUUCCCGACGACGCUCUCUGGCUUGCGCUUAAAGAGCUUGUGGCGACGAUCGACGAGCUAAUGGACCUCCUUGUUGCAGCUCAUGGGGACUCGGUUGAGUCUAGCUUGGAUACGUUGAGGUUAAUGGAAUUCAUGAAAGACAUGCAGAAGGAAGAUAUAUUCAUUCGCUACGUACAUGAGCUCGCCAGAAUGCAGGAAGAUGCACGAUAUCCCACCGAAGCUGGACUGGCUCUUCAAUCGCAUGCCGACCUGUAUACCUGGGAUACAAGCAAAGUUCUGCCAGCCAUUGGCAAUCCGCCGUUCCCAGAGCAGACCUCCUUCGAGCGUAGAGAAGCACUGUAUUUCAACAUGAUUGAGCAUUACGAGGAUGGCAAAGCUUGGAAUCUCGCACUGGCCAGUUACCAGGAACUCGCAAAUCAGUACGAGCAUACCACAUUCGACUUUUCAAAACUUGCUCGCGCACAACGAUCUAUGGGCAAGAUCAACGAGGCCAUUGCCACACAAGAGAAGCAGUAUCCCAGGUACUUCCGAGUACACUAUCGUGGACUCGGCUUUCCAUCUUCAAUCCGUGACAAACAAUACAUUUUCGAAGGUUCACCCAAUGAGCGAAUGGCCACAUUUACAGAUCGCAUGCAAAAGCAAUAUCCUAGUGCCUCGGUCACUCAAUCCAAUCAAGCUGAAAACUCCGAAGGACAAUACCUACAAGUAUCAAGUGUCAGUCCAUAUCGACAUCUAAAUCACCCCAUUUAUCAGCGCUCUAGGGUACCACACUCGAUUCGAGAAUACAUCCUUGUGUCAAUGCCACAUCAGUUCUCUGUAACCUCAAAGAGACCUGCUACUGGCACAGAUGUCAAGGAACAGUUUGUUGAGAAGACUGUCUACACCACGGCAGAACCUUUCCCUAACCUACUUCGAAGGAGCGAAGUCCUUGCUACUGAAGAACUCAGUCUCACUCCCCUGCAGACAGCUCUCGAGCGGACAUGGCGGAAGACGGCCGAUCUUUUGGCUCUGGAAAAGCGAGCCAUGGCUGGCGAAGAUCCAAAUAAUGGAGCGUUGACCGAAGCUCUCAGCCAGCUUCUCAUUCUCGAUUCGUCCAAUGGAACUUGUGUUGCCCAUUACCGGCAGUUCUUGCCAAACCCAGAAGAUAAAAGGAACAGAAGACAAGAUGAGGGCGGCGAAGAUGCCAAUGAAGACGACAACAAACAAGCUGAUGACUCACCCAGUCCGCCAGAUCCUCUACUUCAUGCUCUUCAGGUGGCGAUCUCUGAUCACGCGACAGUAAUACAGCACUGUCUCAGCCUCUACACACGACCUUCUCUUCAGGCGACGCGCACAGAUCUGUCUAGGCUUUUCGAACAAGCUUAUCCAGAGGAUGUUCGCCUACCAACUCCACCAUCUCGCUCUCAGGCGCAGCCACCAGAGCUGCAUUUUCCAAACACCUCAGAUCAUCAGUCUCGGAAAAGCUCUUCCGAGACUACCAAUCGCCUUGGCCCCGGCUUCAGUCCAGAGAGACCUGCGUCGGCAAUAAUGGGUAAAUUAAGCCUGACCACUCUUACUCAGCUUCGAAACGCUGACCCAAACCGCGCCGGCAGUCCCGAACCCAAUAUCGAAAGUGGCGGACGUAGAUCCCGCUCGGAUCGCUCGAACCAUCGUCUUAGCCUGAACUUUUUGAGAAAUACAAAGGGCAGUCUGACACCGGAACAGCUCCAGGAACCCGGCCCACGGCGUGGUGAAAAUGCGAGACCGCACCCGCAACUUCACUCAGAGGUUAUUGAGGAAUCGAGAAGUCUCUCCCUUAGAGGAGGCUAUGAUCGAGUAGCUGGUGACGAUAGAAGCGGAGCAAUCAUGCCUAGAGCGAAUGGCAUCACCAAGGAUGUGCCGCUUCCGGAGGCUUCCACCUCGACCACCAUGCCGCAAUUCAAUUCCGCAGGAGAUACCUCGGCUGACGCAGUCAGAGCAUCCACUCCGCCAUACGACAAUGUCGACCCAGACACGCUGAUCACCACCCCGUCGCAGGAACGUUCUGCUAGCCUGGAUCAAAAGCGUGUCAGCGUGAAUGGCAAGGACUCGCGUCCAAAUGGUCUACCUUUGGAUGGUGCGAGCAAUCCUCCAGCCGUCAGCAGUACGACUAACAAGAGGCACUCUUUUAUCGAAACAGUCAUCGGGUCUCUGACAGGCGGGAGAACAAGCACAAGUGAAAGAGCGGUAUCAGCACCUGAGGACUCUCCAGAGGUGAGCAGCUUUGUUGGGCCACGGUCGCCUCUUAGGAGGAGCGAGUCGCAUGAAGAUUUCGAAAAGAGACUGACUGAUAGUCUUGGGGCUGACAUAAACUCCGAACGGUUCGCCAAGGCCAGUCAGGCUUCCGACAGCAAGCGACACGAUCUGGACCAGGACGGAGCCGCAAAUGGGCAGUCCAGGCCCAAUACAGGCACCAGCGGCGUCACCGACAAGAGCGAGGUGAGCAAUCCCGGGAAAGAUAAAAAGAGGACCAGUUUACUUGGCAAAUGGGGCAGGAAGCCAAGCAGGGAAUCACCGCGCAGUGCCUCGCCCACCAAAGGCGGUGAUAAACGCGGCCGCAGGCAAAGAGGUAAUAAUAGUAAUAAUGUUGGGAAGGUGGUUGAGGAAUAA